UCUGAAUCGAACCGACUUCCAAUCUCCCAUGAGACAAGCUCAGAAGAGUCUCAGUUAGAUAACGAUGAGAAGGGCCAUCAGAGACACAGCCCAAAGAAUGGCCCUAGUGAUCAUCUAUUGAGUGACCCAGAUGGAUACUCAGAUAACAGUUUAAGGUCUGACUCUGAUAAAGAUCAAGGAAGUCAUACAGUGAGUCUGUAUGGAAAUGAUUCAAAGGCCUCAGGGAUAAGUAUAAGUCAGAAACAAUUAGAAAAUGCACCCAAAGAACAUUUGAAUAAGAAAAUUGGGGAAAUAAAUGAGGGUAGACUUCCUGAAACUGUUCAUAGUUCAUGGCAUGCCCUCAAGCAGACAAUGUCCUUUGCUGAGAAAUCUCACAGCCAAAAACAGAUAGAUGGGGCAUUAUCUGUGAGAAACAUUAGCUUGAACACUUCCCAGGAGAUUUCUUUCUUAGCUUCUGGCAAACAAAAGAUGCUGGAAGAACAUAUAAGCAGUUUUUGCAUGAGGAUGAGGUGUGGCCUUCCCACCAGGGUCCUUGAAUCCAUACAGAUCUUCAACAAGAGAGAGGAAUCAUCUUCUUCCUUAGGCCAUUCCUAUUGUUCUUCCCAAGAUAGCCUUAGUUCUGCGAUGCAUUCCAAAGUUAUGGUGUCCACUUCACUUGGUAGGAGCUCUACACCAAUGUGUAGAGACAAAUUGAAGAUAAAGUCAGCACCCAAUCUGGAUCAUCUCCUUCCUGCUGCAUCACUUGUAGGGAAGGGAGGACAGGGGGACCUGAGACCACUGUCCCCAGAGGAAAACCAGGAGCUUGCAGGUGUUCAGAUUAAGGGUGGCAGACAGACUUGUCCGUGCAUCACAGGCAAAGAAAUUAAGAAACAGACUGGACCAGACAGUGGACACAGCCGAGUGCUGGUGUCCACGAGUCAUGAUGGGACUAGACCUGAGCCAAAGGAUAAGAGAAUGAGUUCCAGCAACAAAGAAGAAAGGCUUCAGGCUCCCAAAGUAAAGACUUCAGAAUACUUCCCAACGUUUAACAAGUCUAGAGAGAUAUUUAAGGAAAAGGAGCUCCUUGCUCUUCAAUCAAAAUCUGCCAAUGCCUUGACAACCAACAAGUCAGGGGACUCCACAGCGGUAGCUGUGAAAACAAAGAAUGAAGAAACUAUCCUGGCUACUGAAAUUCCCUCACCAACAUCAGUUUCCCAGGAUCCUAAACUAUCAGAAUUUAAAAACAACUUGAUUAAAGAAUUAAAGUUGAAAUUGCAGGAUAGGGAUCAUAUCUCUGUUAAAGAGCAGACUAUUGAUAUGGCUGUUGCCUCAGAUAACUUGAUUUCCAAAACCUUGAAGACUCAUGCCCAGGGUGUCUCCAAUGGGAAGAUCGAAGCUUCUCAGGUUAUGCACGGACAUUUGGACAGCACACCAGUCAGCACGGAACAGCAUCAGGAGCCCUGGGUCCCUAAGCAUAUCCUGCAGAACUGCUGGGAUAAGAAUGUCCCACCAAAUCCCAAAUCAGGAGAUCUUGGUGAAGGGGAUGCAGGGUUGGGGACACCACAACCCAGGAGGAACAGCUGCCCUGCUCAAGACAGGGCAUUAAAGAAGAUGCUUGGAAGCAGAUCUUCCCCAACCUCAUCACUGAAGGAUCAGCUUCCUCCUGAAAAUCUGUUUAAAAAACAAAUAAAGACAUUUUUGCAAUGGAUUUGUCCUAACAGCACAAACAAAAGGCAAGAAAGGUUCCUUGGGAAUGGGACCUCCCCACCAUCAUCUGUGCAGAGACAAAGCAAAGUUAAUAGUAGAGCUGCUUCUACUGGCAACACCAAAACUCUGAAAGUGACGACAGACAUUGGCAAGGUGUUAAAUGUGAAACCAGGGAGUAGCCGUGGUGUCAGAAUCACCUGCCCCCAAGAAUCACGUUCUUCUCCGACAAAGCCUGUGAAAACACUUAAGGCACAAUUACAGGCCCAGGCAGAUACUGUCCAGGGACAUCCUUUUAACUACACAGCUUCCUCCUGUAAAACAAAAACUACAAAGUCCUGUAGCCAAGAAGUGCCCUUGGCUGACCAAAAUUACCCCUCAAAUAUGCCCUGAACAAAGACAGGGUGAGACAGCCCCAGAAAGUUGUAGCAUUCAAGGAUCAGCCGCUAUUGCAGAGGCAUCUGGCAUCCAUGCCCAAUAAAGAGUUCCUGCCCCAUCCAAACCAUACCUGCAGGCGUCAAGCCAGCCAGCUAUCUCCAACCACACCUACAUUUUCUGAAGGCACUGUAUUGGGAGAUCUGUGUCUACUUUUCAAACAUAAAAUGCUCCUUCAGCAUUUCCAGGGAGGAAGAUUUCCUCCUACCAAAUAACUCAUCCAUUUUUGAAAACACUGAUUUUUCGUAAUAAAUGUUCUAAUGAUUGUUGUCUUUAUGUGUACUAUUUGGAGACAUGAGAUUUGAGUAACAUAGGGUUUAUACUUAGGGAAAAGAAUUAGUUCAGCACUUACUCAUUAUCUCUUUUGGAUUUAAAUGAUGACAUACCACUGAGCUCUAGGGGGAUGGUUAUCAACUGCCCCUUAAGGCCCUUCUGACCUGGAGAAGUCUGAGGACAUGUGCUGUUUCCUAGUCUGUAAGUAUAUUGUGUUGCAGCCCAUAUACCCUGCACCUCACUGACUAUUUCUUGGCCUCUGGAGGAAUAAAGGAGGUAAGUCAUCACAUCUGAAGAGGGUCAAAGUCACAUAUCUUUUUCAGAAAAUUGUGCAUAAACUUAUUUUUUAAAGAAAAUAUUGUAAUGACUAGAGGAUGUCACAGGUGGGUGAACUUCGCCUCAGGCGGGGUUGAAGAUUACUGCCAUAGUAGACAUGGGAUUGAUUGGGUUAAGGUCUAGAAACAUUAGAAUUGUUGGUUGAGAAUCUGUCAUGAGAGGCAUAGUAAUGCAUUGGGAAACCAUACUUUGGGGCAUUGAUGUUUUCCUACUGGAAAAUAAGCUUAUGAAGGUAGCCCCCUGCCACCCAUGUGGGAGACCCAAAUGGAGAUUUGGGCUCGUAACUUUUGUCUUGACUACCUCCAGCAUUGACAGCUAUUAGGACUUUCAGCCAGAAGAUGGAUGAUAUGUCUCUCUGUCUCUCUUUCAUUCUGUAUCUCUGUCUUUAUUUUUAA